AUGUCCGCUGAGACCCUCGCGUGCACGUACGCCGCGCUCAUGCUGAGCGACGCCGGCCUGCCCACCUCGGCCGAGAACAUCGCCGCGGCGGUGAAGGCCGCCGGCGUGGAGAUGCGCCCCACCCUGCCCAUUAUCUUUGCCCGCUUCCUGGAGAAGAAGUCUGUGGAGACUCUGAUGGCGGCCGCCGCCGCACAGGCCCCGACGGCCACGUCCGCCCCGUCUCCGGCGGCCGGCGCUGCCUCCGCUGCAGCGGCCGGCGGCAAGGUGGAGGACAAGAAGGACGAGCCCGAGGAGGAGGGCGACGACGACAUGGGCUUCGGUCUGUUCGACUAA